AUGGCUUCAAUAGCAGAUAUACAAUAUCCAUGUGCACUGACGAUUGAGGUGCCAUUCCCUACAACAAGACUAGCAUCUAUUGCCCUAAAGGCUUUACAAGUCGACAAAGAGCUAUCGCCUUUAGUGAAGCGAACUUUCUCCAUUGAUCAGUCAGAUGAAGAUGCCAUCAAUGGAGAUUCAGACGGGAAUAUUUUACGAACCGAGUAUAAGGCCACCACCAACAGGAUGCUUCGCGUAGCCGUCAACUCUUUUAUGGAUAGUCUCAACUUAGUGGUCGAAGUCAUGCAAGAGCUUGACACGGAUGUCCUAGCCACGGAAGAUACUAAAGCGUAA